AUGGCAGUACGUGUGGGAGAUCAUAUUUCAUCAUGGGAGCCUGUUACUUCUGGAGUCCCCCAAGGGUCUGUUUUGGGACCCUUGUUAUUUAUAUUAUUUAUUAAUGACAUGCCACAAGUUACUAAAUUUAAUACUGUGCUUUUCGCUGAUGAUUCCAAAGUUAUUGGUAAUGCAUAUUAUCCGGAAGAUAUUCAAACAGACAUUGAUUGUCUCAGUAGGUGGUCAGAAAUAUGGCAGAUGAAAUUUAAUGUGGAAAAGUGUGGUGUACUUCACAUCGGAGAGAGCAAUCCGCAACAUGGCUAUACAUUGGAUGGUAUUCAACUAAAAAGUGUACAGAAAGAAAAGGAUUUGGGGGUAACCUGGUCUGCCGGGAAGUCCUUAUUUGAUGAUCAUAUUCGAGAAGGAAUCGGAAAGGCCAAGAGAAAUGUUGUAUCUCGUAAACAUGAAGUGUUGGUUCCUCUUUACAAGGCCUUUGUGAGGCCCCAUCUGGAGUAUUGUGUGCAAGUUUGGUCCCCGGUAGCAAAGCAUGGUAAUUGGAGUAUAAUUAUGGCAAUUGAAAAAUGUCAAAGGGAUUUUACUAGAAUAAUUCAUGGUAUGGGUUUUCUCAGCUAUAGUGAGAGACUUCAAAAGCUGGGACUGACAACACUUCUCGAACGUAGAAUGCGGGGUGAUCUUAUUGAAGCAUACAAGAUUAUUAACGGACAUGUUAACUAUGGCCAUCAAAUGUUUAACCAUAAUUUGCAUUAUAGUACUCGUAAUUUAUGCAAUGUAUCAUCCUGUAGGACCAGAUUUGCGUUGGAUUGUUUUAGCGUAAGAGUAAUUAAGUAUUGGAACAAUUUACCAAACUCUGUUAAGUAUGCACCUAGUGUAAACGCCUUUAAGGCAGGACUUGAUGAUCUAAAAAGUUAUAACCCGGAUUCUCGUCACGGAUAUUGGUAUUUAUCGCUAGAAAUCUUUAACAGAAUUCCGGAUAAGAAUGACCAUGUUACUUAUCUUAAAUUGCAUCCAGAGGUUGCUAUGCGAAGACAUAUUUCUUGUUUCUAA